AUGAGUUCUAACCUCUUUUUUAAUAAACACGACGGCUCCAGGCAUAAUAGUUCCAAUAAUGAUAAUAAUGAUGCUAACGAGAAUGGAUAUUUUUCAGCACCUGCAUCAGCAUUGAAUGAACUAAAUAAAACUAAUAUGUUAAAGCCAAAUUAUACGGUGUAUUCUUCAACAAUUUCAAAUACUGAAAAUGGGUUAAAAAACUUGUCAAUAUCAACCAACAACAGCUCAGAUAUUACUUUGACAGGAGCAACUCCAGAUUUGAAUCAAAUACAAAAUGGUCAUGGUAUUAGUACUUUAAAUCAAGAAGAUAUGUUUUCAUCAUCUGAACCACCAUCUGCUUUAAGUUUAAACAAUCAAAAUCCCCUAACAGCAGGUUUAUAUAAUUCCGAUCAAUUAUUAAGUCCGUUGGACACAACUGAAGUUAAUUUACAUCGUUCAAUUGCAAAUUUGUUUGAUGAUUUUGAUAAUCAUUCAAUUAAUUCAUCUCACGAUGGUUCAAAUUUGUCCAAUGACGAUUCCUCAUUAUCUUCUGAAACUAGAGAAAAUGUUAUAUUAGGAAAUUCAUCAUACUUAAAUAAUAUUAAUUAUAUAAGGGAUCAUUUAGAAUAUUUAAAUCAAAAUGUUAAUGAUGCGAGUAAUAAAUCACCAAAUCAUUUAUCACCAACGAACUCCGAAAGUAAAUACAGAGAUUAUAUUAAUAUCUUGCCAGAUUCAAUACCUAGUUUUAACCUUACUAAACAAUUCAGUUCAAAUAACAAUAAUAAUCAUGUAUCAGGAAGUAGCUCAAAUAAUUUAUGGAGAGGAGUGAAGAUACAAAUGUUACAAGGAUGCAGUCAAUCAUUGUAUAAUAAUCACAAUGUUGACGAAAUUGAAGUCAAUAGUCCAGUAAUUAUAAAGUUAUCUCCAAAUUUGAGAAAAAGUUUAUCGUUAUCAAGAUUUUUAAACGAAUGGUAUAUAUUGUCAGGACAAAAUGUUCCGAUGUCAAAUAGAUUAUGGACUAACGAAACAUUGAUUAAUGAAUUUUCACAAGAUACAACUAUACCGAGUUUGAAUAAGGAAGAAUUGUAUUUUCCAAUAACGUUACCAAAUGAUUUACCUGGUGUUUUAUAUCCAUCAGAAGUAUUAGAUUUUACAUUUCUUGAAGAAAAUGAGCAUACUGGAGGAUCUGAAGAAUUGGGUACUUUUCAAAAAAGAUUAGCAUUAGUUUAUGUUGAUAAUAACUAUAAAUCAUUUAAAGAAAUGAACUCAGAUACUUAUCAAGAAAAUCCAAGACAUGGUUCAUUAAGUUCAAAUGGUUCAAGAACAAAAUCUUCGGGUAGUAUAACCUCAUCAAGUCAUACACCUAAUGAAUCAGUUGAAAGUGCAUCAAAUAAUUUUUUCAGUAUGGGAAAUGGAUCGAUGGGUGGUUCAUUUUUUGAUAAAUUGUCCAAACAAGUUACUUCAAAUCCUAAAACUCCAUUGAAAGUCAUUGAAAUUUUAUCAGAUAUAAUAAAAGUCUUGGAAACUUUGGGGGUAGUUCAUGAAUUAGGUAUUGUACAUAAUGGUAUAACGUCAUCAAAUUUGAUAAAAUCAGAAACUGAUCCAAAUGAUAUUAAGAUUACAGGUUGGGAAUUUGCUUGUAGUUACUCAGAAAAUUGUAUUUAUGGAUACCGCACGAAUCAUUUAGUUGAAGUAGCUGAUUUAGUUCCAUACAUGGCACCAGAAGUAAGUGGUGUUUUGAAUGAAUAUGUUGAUUAUAAAUCUGAUUUUUAUUCAAUUGGUAUUGUUUUAUACGAAAUGUUAUUAGGUACAACUCCUUUUAAUUCAGUUGAUCCAAAUUCCAUAAUUAGAAUGCAUAUAUUUCAUAAACCAAUUGCCCCAUAUUUAUUAGCACCAAGUUGGAUAAGUGAAAAAUUAUCAACUGUAAUAAUGAGAUUAUUAAAGAAAAAUCCAAAUGACAGAUAUAAGAAUUGUUAUGAGCUAUUGAAUGAUUUGAUCAUUAUCAAGAAUAGUUAUAUCGAUAAAGUCAAAAAUUAUGGCGAAUCAGUUUGGAAUCAUUGGAAAAGAUCGGAAACUUAUCAUAAUUAUUUAGUUAAAGCCAGAAUGAACCAUCCAGAAAAGAUUGAUCAUAUUCCAAUUAUUCAAUUUACAUCACAAUUUAUUGGUAGAGAUAAAGAGUAUAAAAGAAUUAUUGAUACGUAUAAUAAUUCCUAUAGUGGUGGUGUAAAUAUGCUUUUCAUUUCAGGUGAAAGUGGUAUUGGUAAAACAAUUUUAUUAAAUGAUUUACGAGCUGGUGCUUUGUUCAAAUAUGACUUUUAUUGUACUUGGAAAUUUGCUUGUUCGGAUAGUGGUAAUACAAUAUAUUCAUUUUUACUUGAAGGUUUAAAAACUAUCAUUGGACAGAUCUUUGAAUGUUCAGAAGAAAUUCAAAAUAAUUGGAGAGAUUUAAUUGUAACAAACAUACCAUUAGAUUUAAGUAUCUUAUUUUAUUUAAUACCAGAAUUGAGAAAAUUAUUGGGUCCAAAAUAUAUCAAUAUUUAUCAACAUAAACAAAAUACAAAUAGUAAUACACCAGGUACACCAAGUAAAGAAGAACAAUCAUCAAGUUUGGAAAUUAAAUUUAGAUCUAUUAUUAAAACUUUUUAUAAAUUAGUAGCUCUGCAAGGUUUAACAGUAUUUAUGGAUGAUGUUCAUUGGUGUACAGAAGAAAGUUGGAAACUAUUAUGUGAAUUAUUAAAUUUUGAGGAUGAAUCUGAAGAAACAAUGAAGGAUAUGUCAUUUAAAUUUGUUGUGACGUUUACGACUAAUGCAGAUCAAUUUUUAGAAGAAACUGAUGGAUUUGCAAAAGAAGCUAAAUUUCUUGAUUGUGUGAAAAAAGCUCAUAUAAAUUUAAAUCAUUUUACAUUACCAAGAGUCGAUCGUGAUAAUUACUUGAUAUGGGUCGAUGAAGCAAUGGGUGCAAAUGGUUCAAAUUUAAAUAAAGAUUAUUCAAAUGUUAGUCCUAUGCCAUCACCACUUAGUUCAGUUAAAAGUACUCCAACUAACUCUAGCUCCAAUGUUAUUGAGGAUAUAAAACCAGAAAAUCAAACAAGUAUGUCUUCAAUGAUUAGUAAAGAUAGUUCUCAUUUGAGUUCUUUGAAAAGUAGUUUAAUUGAAAAAACAAAUGAACAAGCCAUUAAAUUCUAUGAUUUAUGUGAAGGUAAUAUUUUAUUAAUUUUAUACACAACUAGAAUUGCUAGAUUUAUACAAAAUUGUUUUUAUUCAAAUUUAGGAGCAACAGGUAUGUGGGUAGUUGAAAAAGAAAGUCAUCAAAAAUUUGGAACAACAAAAAGUGAAAUUUUGAGAAAUUACUUAAAUUAUUCAACAACUGAAGAAGUUAGAGAUUUAUUAAAUUUUGCUGCUAUCAUUUCAAAUGGUUCUGGUUUUAAAUUAACUGAUUUAAUACUAGCAUCUGCAUUGCCAAUGGGAAAAGUUUAUACAAUGUUGCAGUUGUGUAUUGAAACAAAAAUUAUUUCUCCUACAAGUACAUAUUAUAAAGUUCCUUUUCAUUUGGCAGGAUCAGAUGGUUUACCAUUUGAUUUGUCUGACAAUAAUAUUUGGGAUUUAGCAGGUAAUAGUACAUACCGUUUUUCUCAUGGUUGUUUAAGUGCUCAUAUAAUUGGUGAAUUGAUGGCUUCAAACAAAUUAAAAGAAUUGAGUAGGUUAUGUGGAUUGAGAUUUCACAAAUCUAUAAGUAAAGACCGUUCCUUAAAUAUAGGUGCUUAUUUAAAUAUGGCUGGAUAUUUUAAACAAUCUUAUGAAGUUGCAAGACCAGAAGAAAAGGAAAUUUACAUUGAAGUUUUAGCUCAAGCUGGUAGAUAUGCAUCAUCAACUUAUAAUAUGAAAUUAGCUCAAAAAUUUUUCGAAGUUGUUGCAAACUUAGUUGACAAUUUGGAUUCAAGAAGACAAUUAAGAGCCAUAUUGACUGUGGCUCAAAAUCAUUAUUACUUCAAGGAAUAUGAAAAAUGUUUACAAGUUAUUGAAAAAGCUCAAAUUAAAUUUGGUUUUGAUAGAUUAGUAUUUGUCGUUCAAUUGAUUAGAUGCAAAAUUGAAUUGGGUGACAUUGAAGGUGCAAUUGAUAUUUGUUAUGAAACGUUUAAUAAGUUAGGUGUAAAAGUUACAUCUGAUGAUAAAGCUAAUGGUGAAAUUUACGAUCAAUUUUUCACUAAAAUUCCAAUAUCUAUACCUGAAAUAAGAUCCAUAUUAAAAUUGAAAUCAUGUCAAAAUCCAAAAAUAUCGUUAAUUUAUCAAUUAAUAAAUCAAGUAAUUAUUCCAUUAAGAACUUUAGGUAGAGAAAACACCAGAAGGUUAUUAGUUGCAAAUGCUAUAUUAGCUAUGUAUAAACAUGGAGUUACACCAUUUUCUUCAAUGAUUGUGUUGGAUUUUGCUUGUGAAUUUGCUAAGGAAUGUACUUCAUCAGGUUUUAUGAAGGCUAAAGAAUUAAGUAAAGUAGCAUUGUCUUUGGUAAAUCGAGCUACAGAUGUUUCAUUAAGUUAUACAAAACAAAUUUAUGAGUUAUACGUCUGUUCAGUUGGUAUCUAUUGGGAAACAAGGGAUUCAUUAGCAAAAUAUUUUGAAAUGUGUGCAAACGAAUCAACUGAUGCAUUGGCUAACUUUUCACAAUUUGAAAUAAUCAUUGGUGUUUCGAAAAUGUUCUAUUCAAUGAUAAGUGGUAAAUUUUAUGAACGAUCAUUUUUAUUAAAAAAAAAAGAUAGACUAACAAAACCACUGAUAAGUCGUACAUUAGCCGACCAAUUUUUAACAGAUUGUGAAGAUGCUGUUAUGGGAUAUACAAUUGUUGAUAAGGCUGUUGAUAAGUUUAGAGAUAAAUAUGAUUUUUCACUAGAAGCUCCAUUAUUACAAUAUUGUUAUUACAUGGUAAUUAUUAAUGGAUAUCAAUACCAUAAAAGAUACGAAGAAGCUGACGAAUUAAUAUUUACAAAGAUGGAAAAACUUAUUCAAACUACUCCAUUGAUUUUAAUUGAUGUUCAUUACAAUUUGGUAGCUGCUGGUGUAAUAGCAUUUGUAGGUAAAACAUCAGACCCUGUUCGACAAUCAAGACGAGAUCAAUUAUUCGAAAUCAUUUUGCAUAGAUUCAAAUUAUGGUCUACAUCACUGGAUGAAAAUUUUUCAUGUAAAUAUGCAUUGUUGCUUGCAUUCAGUGAAAUUAAAAAAGAAAAUUGUGAUAAUAUGAAAGCUUUGGAUCAUUUUGAAGAAGCAAUUGAAAAAGCAAUUGAAUAUGAUAACCGUUAUGAAAUUGUUUGGGCAAGUAUAUAUGCAGCAAGAUGGUUAAUUGUUGCAAAACAAAAUAAGAAAAGAAUUGCAACUUUUUCAAGGAAAGCAAUGGAUGUGUUGAGAGGUUUACAAUUGGAGAAUUUUGUUAAUUACUUUGGAGAUGAAUUUGGAAAAUAUAUAAGCAAUGGAAAUGAACAAUUUAAUUGGGCUGGUUUGAAUGAUCAUCAUAUGGAGAACAAACGGCAGAAAAAUAAUAUAACCAAUUUAAAUCCAAAUUUAACCAUUCCAUUAUCAAGUUCUGAAUCUUUUAAACAUGGGCUUCCAGUAAGCACAAUCGAUAAUAGUAAUAAAAUUAGGAAGGAGUUAAAACCAAAUAGUGGAAGAAAGAAAAAUAAAUUGUAUAAUAUCAAAGAAACAAAUGGUGGAAAUAAUGGUCAAUCACCUUCAUUAAUAUUAAAUUCAACAAUACAAGCUUGUUUAGCGAUUUCUGAAGCAUCAAAUGAGAAAAGUAUUUUAAUUGAGUUACUUCAAACAGCUAUAAGGUUUUCAGAAGUUGAUUAUGGAGUUGUCAUUGCAUUUGUUAAUGAGGAUCCAGUAAUUACAGCUGUUGGUUCAGCUCAUCAUAUUUACAGCUUAGAUUCAGAACCAUUAAGUUCAAGAACUGAUGUAUGCCCAUAUCUGUUGAUUAAAUAUUGUUUAGAAUCAGGAGAAAUUAUAAGUAAAGAUGAGGAUCAUGUCCAAUUUGCUAAUAGAUUUAGUAAAGAUUCAUAUUUCAGAAAGAAUAAUUGUUAUGAUAUGAUUUGUAUACCAAUUAAGAAUCAAUUUGGUAUGUUUGGUGCCUUAUAUCUUGAGAUUGAUGGUAGUAAUAAAUCAAAAACCACAUCAUUGAAGAGUAAUUUUGCGUUUGAUACAAAACGUAAAGAUUUAUUACAUUUAUUUUGUUUACAAGCUGCUAUUGCAUUAGGUAAAGCUGAAUUAAUCUAUCAAAUGGAAAUUUCAAAAAUGGCAGCCGAAGAUGCAACUGCUGAAAAGGCUAGUUUCUUAGCUAAUAUGUCUCAUGAAAUUAGGACACCAUUCAAUUCAUUAUUAUCAUGUUCAAUAUUUUUAUUAGAUACCAAUUUGACAUCAACACAAAGAGAGUAUGUUGAAGCUAUUAAAAGUUCAGCAAUGGUCACGUUGAAUAUCAUUGAUGGUAUAUUGGCAUUUUCAAAAAUUGAACAUGGUUCAUUUACAUUAGAUAAUGCACCUUUCUCGUUGAAUGAUUGUAUUGAAAGUGCAAUUCAAUUAGGUGGUGAGCAAGUUAUCAAUAAUAAUUUGGAAUUGGUAUUUUUCAACAAUUGUCCACAAAUUGAUACUGUAAGUGGUGAUGUUACUAGAUUUAGACAAAUUAUUAUUAACUUAGUUGGUAAUGCUAUAAAAUUCACAAUUAAAGGGCAUAUAAUUAUAAUUCUUAAUGCUACUGAAAUUACAGAUGAUAGAUUUGAAAUUGCUAUAUCUGUUGAAGAUACAGGUAUUGGUAUUCCAGAAUUAUCACACAAUAAAGUUUUUGGUGCAUUUUCACAAGUUGAUGGUUCAGCAAGAAGAGAAUUUGGAGGUUCUGGCUUAGGUUUAGCUAUAUCCAAGAAAUUAGUUGACAUUAUGGGUGGUGACAUUCGUUUUGAAUCUGAAGAAGGUAUAGGAUCAACAUUUUAUUUAAAUGUUAGUUUCAAUGUUAAAUUAUUUGAAAAACCAGAAUUGGAACUAAACAAAAAGGUAUUGAUUUAUGAUACUCAUGAAUUGACAACACUUGCAUUGAAAAAUUUGUUGGAAAAUUUUAGCCUUGAAGUUUAUUCUACAGAAGAUUUGAAAAACAUUCAGGAUAUUAAACAAUAUGAUUUUAUUUUCGUUGAUUACAAUAAAUAUUCAAUAUUUGAAAAGUAUGAAUCUCAAAUUAGUAACCAUACAAAGGUUAUUAUAUUAGCUCAAUUUGGUAAAUCAUUAGUGAAUAAAAAUGAAAAAUAUGAAGCUUUAUUAUGUCCAUUACAAAGAGAACGUGUAAUUAGAGCUUUGAAAUCUGGCAAAGAUUCAACCAAAGAGUUGAAGGAAAAUGAACUGAAAGAUUCAGAUAAGAAAUCAAAAUUGGCUAGUGAAUAUCCAUUAAAAAUUUUAUUAGCUGAAGAUAAUUUAUUGAAUAAAAAAGUUGCUCUUAAGCAUUUGGAGAAAUUUGGAUACCAUGCUGAUCAUGCUAAGGAUGGUGUCGAGGUUAUUGAAAUGUGUGAGAAGUUGUUAACUGAAAAGUAUGAGAAAUAUGAUGUUAUAUUAAUGGAUAUUCAAAUGCCCCGUAAAGAUGGUUUAGCAACUGCAAAAGAAAUUAGAGAGAUUUAUUCAUCAACUGAAAAGAAGAAGUACUUACCGAAAAUUGUUGCUUUAACUGCAAAUGUUGCUGGUGAUGAUAGAGAAAAUUGUUUUCAAGGUGGCAUGGUUGAUUUUAUAUCAAAACCAAUAUUACCAAAUGAAUUGAGAAGAGUUUUAGUUAAAUUAGGAGAGAUGAUUAAAGAAGAAUCACAAUAUAAAGAAUAA